UCUGUGUUGCCAGGACAACACCGAUCAUCAACUUCGCCACAUUUAGCAUCACGCUAACUGGAGUAAACAUUUGUUUAAAAAAUAUUUGCUGAGAUAACUUAAAACCCCAGUGAGUUGUAUUGGGAAUGCUGGGACGUUAUAAUGGCUGUUCCUGUAUGGGCUCUCUCCCUCCCUCUGCCUGCCAUCAUCAUGAUCUCAGUGGGGAUCUAUAUGAUUUUCCUUGCGGGUGUGUUGUGGUGUCAUCACUGUCUCAAGGCCAAGUGUGAUCCUCAGUGUUCAGAUUGUUGCGCGAGUUUCUCUCCUUGUGAGUACUGUUUAGUGUGUGCCCAGUCAUGUGAUUGUCGUCCACCCUCCCUGCGCUCCUGUCUUGACUACUCCUGCCCUUCCCCUAAUUGUGCGAUGUGGGAUUGUGCCUGUACCUGUCAACCUCCAGAGUGUGACUCCAUCAACUGCUUCUGCUUUGAGAUCAAGUUUAAGUAAAAGGAUAAAGGGACCGUGGAUGGCCCUCCUCACAUUAAAAGAUGCCUUAAAAACUGCUUAAGUCACAGUUAGCUUAGUUAGAUAGUGUGUUCUGUAAUGAUUGGAUUCUUUGGGAGACAUUAUUACAUCCUUCCUAAAAACUUUCAUCCUUUAGCAUUAACAUUUCAAACGUUUGAGAAGAUUUUAGACGUGUUUAUUAGCGUUUAUUAGCUUUAGUUAUUUUGGUAGAAAGAAAGAAGAGCUUUGCUGUGUGAAACCUAUACAACACAUUUUCAACAACCAGAGUGGAGUGUGGUUUUAUGCACUGCCUUACUUUUAAAGAAUUAAGUAUACUUCUUGAACAUCAAUCAGUAUACAUUUCGAUAAAACAGUUUAAAGUAUUUAUAAUGUCAUUGCAUUUCUUUUCAUAGUGUUUAGCAGUAAUACUUAACGGGCAAGUUCACCCCAAAAUGUUUUCUGGCAUUUUUUCCAAGAAAGUGGAUUGAAAAAGGUCUACUUCUAUUUUGGGUUAACUAUUCUUUAAUUCUACUUUGUGCAUUUCGUGUCUUUGGUAAAUUUGAUAGAUGGUAAAUUUGUAAUGAUGAUUUUCCAGUGACAUGUACCACUAUACAAGUGCAAUAAAAAUCUAGUUCAGAAAGUUUACUAAUGCAAUUGUUUACAAAGCAUCUUGUAUGUAUUUAAUUUUUUAAAAGUAUUUUUAUAAGUGUACAUUUUUUUAAAAGAAUUAAAGAUUUUUU